UUCCACGUCAUCUUACAGGAAACUUCGUUGCACCAUCCAUACCUUUACUCUCAUCGCAUACUGAGUUUCUCUCUACAAACUCUCUCUCUAGAAACCAGAUAUAUAUGUAUCAGUAUAGAUGAUUUCAUACCCAUAGAAAGAUUUGGUAGCACUUUGCAAUCAUAAAAGGUCAAGGGUUUAUUGUUAAAGUCCAUCAAAAUGUGUAUUCUUGAAUUACCUGAGCUCCAAAAGAUUUUUGAGAUGUUUGAGCAAGACAUGGCUGGGCAAGUAAGAGUGGAAGAGAUUUGCAGGGUGUUGAGCAGGGGUGGCAUUGACAUCAGAGAAGAUGAACUGAAGGCCAUUGUCGGAUCCGAGAAAUUGGACUUUGAGGGGUUCGUCGCAUUUUGUCGAUCGAUAGCGAGCACGGAGAACCUCAGACAUGAAAGUGUCCCAGCCGAAGACGAGGAGGGUGAUUUGAAGGAGGCCUUCAAUGUCUUCGACAUGGAUCGAGACGGGUUCAUAUCGAGUGAGGAGGUGGAGACAGUGCUGUCGAGACUUGGGUUGUGGGAGGUGAAGGAGGAGAAGGAUCGGAAGAGGAUGAUACACAAGUUUGAUGAGAAUUUAGAUGGGCGUUUGGAUUUUCAAGAGUUCAAGAAUAUGAUGAUGAGGGUUGCUGCAUCCUAGGCUUUUGAAUCUGCUUGUGAAUGUCAUUUAGAAUCGAUGUCGAUGAUGGUUAGACGAUCGCAGAUAAUUGCCUAACCAUGUUGUGUUCCAUGACGGUUAGACGAUUGCAUAUAAUUACCGUACGAGUUCUGACAUCAAAAUCGAUGUCGUGCUCCAUGGCUAUUAGCAAUGGUUGCUGACGGUAGGAGAGCAUCAGUUGGGUCUAUUUCCUUAUUUAAGGAGAGCAUCAGUUGGGUCUAUUUUGUUAUUUAAGAAGCAACUACCUUAUAGGGUUAUAUUUUAGGGUUGUAAUAGGGAUAUAUUAUAGGGUUGUAACAUAAAUAUGUUACUUUUGUUUUCUUAAAUUAAUGAAAGACGGUUAGGGCUUUCUCUUC